GGUUCGAUACCGGCAGCAGCGGCCCGGGACAGCGAGCGUCGCGCCCCGGUCCCUAGCUCGACCGGCUCGAAGAGGCGGGACGGACGCUCCCGGGGACUCUCCUGCCCGCGGCUGGCCGCGCUCGGACGGCGCUCGCCCGCAACCGGGCGCCGCCAGCAUGUCAGCCGCCGUGGCUUGCCUGGACUUCUUCGCUGCCGAGUGCCUGGUGUCUAUGUCCACCCACGCCGUGCUGCACCAGCGUGCAACCGAUCCUGAAGGCGCCGAUGCAGCAGCUGUCUCCGAGGUGGGUGCGGUGCCCCGGGAGUCGGCGGGGACGGGUCCCGGGACACGGGGGGUGCUGUGGGUACCCCCGGUCCUCCAGAUUCCCGCCCCCAGCCCCGGGGAGGGCGAGGGAGCGCCCCACCUGCUGGCUGAAACGCCCCACAUGCUGGCUGCGAGCGCUUUGGCGGAUCUGAGCUGUGGUGUCCGGGAAGGCACCCGGGAGGACCCCGGAGAAGCUCCGUGUGCCUCAACUAGCUGCAGCGAGCCCACCUGGUGCUCCAGCCCUACUGGGUGCCCCGAGCCGGUCCAGGCCUUCUUCGAGGAUGAGCUCUCCUGCGCUGAGGGCUCCAGCGGCGAGCCUGCCAUCCUGAGUGCACCUGAGGUCCCAGAGAACCCCGAAAACAGCGGAGAAGUGCCCGAGGGGCCCCCAGGGGCCCAACCCGCGCCAGCAGUGGGUUCGACGUUCCGAAGGAGGCCGAUUACACCCGCAUCCAAGCGACACCAGUGCACUUUUCCAGGAUGCAACAAAGCCUAUUACAAGUCUUCGCACCUCAAGUCACACCAGCGCACCCACACGGGGGAGCGCCCGUUCUCCUGCGAUUGGCUCGACUGCGACAAGAAGUUUACACGUUCUGAUGAGCUGGCCCGCCACUACAGAACCCACACCGGUGAAAAGCGCUUCUCCUGCCCGCUGUGCCCCAAGCAGUUCUCUCGCAGCGACCACUUGACCAAGCAUGCCCGUCGCCACCCAACUUACCAUCCCGACAUGAUUGAGUACCGGGGGCGUCGUCGCACUCCCCGCCCUGAGCCACCACCUCCAGCUAUGAUGGAAAGCUCUGGCUCCGACUCCAGCUCCUGCUCUGGCCAGGAGACCAGCUUCACUGCUUGCCUGUAGGACUGCCCUUGCUGCUUGCUGUCUCUUU